AUGGACACAACUCUAAUUGUAAAAACGAAAAAUGAAAGUCAUAGUAACCACCACCAUCAUCCAUCAUCAUCCUUUGAUCAUAAAACUCCAAGCAGCCAAGAGCAGCACCAGAAUGGUCUAAUUUCAAUAAAUGCCGUGAUCAUCAUUGUCAUCUCCAUCAUCUCCAUCUUCAUAAUCUUUGCUAUUCUUCUGAUAAUCCUUUUACUUCAUCGACUUAAAUCCGCAAGAGACAAAGCAAAGCACGUAGAUUGCAAAGAAAGCUGCAGCAUCAUCAACAAUGGUGGUCCUUCCACCAGCUACAGUUACACUUCUAGCCCUGAUGACAUCAAGAGAGAUUGUCUAUACUCAAGAAAACCAACAUCGUUUAGACAAUUGCCCCAACAAACAAAGAGUUGCAGAAGAAGCCGAGCUGAAGGAGUAGAAGUCUACACAUACAAGGAAUUAGAGAUUGCAACAAAUAAUUUUAGUGAAGACAGGAAGAUAGGAGGCGGUGAAUAUGGAGAUGUGUACAAAGGAGUAUUGAAUGAUGGAACUGUUGCGGCCAUUAAAAAGCUUCAUAUGCUUAAUCAUAAUGGUAGUAACCAAAAGCAUGAAGAUCGCUCUUUUAGGCUUGAGGUUGAUCUUCUUAGUCGAUUACAAUGCCCAUAUGUGGUCGAGUUAGUUGGAUAUUGUGCAGAUCAAAACCAUAGGAUCCUGAUAUUUGAAUAUAUGCCCAACGGUACACUCGAACAACAUCUUCACGGUCAUAAUUGUAAGAAUGUGAAGGAUGAAUCUCAACCAUUGGAUUGGGGAACCCGGCUUAGGAUCGCCCUCGAUUGCGCUCGAGCACUAGAGUUUCUCCACGAGAAUGCAGUCACCGCUGUGAUCCACCGUGACUUCAAGUGUACCAACAUUUUAUUGGAUCAAGAUAAUCGAGCUAAAGUUUCAGAUUUUGGAUUGGCAAAGACUGGUUCUGAUAAACUAAACGGUCAGGUUUCAACAAGGGUGCUUGGGACCACUGGAUAUCUUGCCCCAGAGUACGCUUCUACCGGAAAGCUUACCACAAAAUCAGAUGUUUACAGUUAUGGAAUAGUUUUAUUGCAACUAUUAACGGGUCAUAAACCAAUCGACUCAAGGCGUCCCUCGGGACAAGAUGUCCUAGUUUCUUGGGCUCUUCCAAGGCUAACCAACAGAGAGAAAGUUAGUGAAAUGGUGGAUCCAACCAUUGAGGGCCAAUAUUCACUGAAGGAUCUUAUUCAGGUAGCAGCCAUAGCGGCAAUGUGUGUGCAACCAGAACCAGAUUACAGACCACUGAUGACUGAUGUUGUUCACUCGCUUAUUCCUCUUGUUAAAGCCUACAACCAAAGUUCUGUUUCUUCUCGGAUUCACAGCCGUAGAGAAAGCUUGUCUUAUGAUGAUGUUGUGCAAUGA